AUGUCCACUCGCUAUGCAAGAACUGCUGACAGAGCAACGAACGAAAAGAAUGCGAAAAUAUUAAAAGCUCUACUUCAACAAACACCCAAUAAAUACUGUGCUGACUGCAAAAAGAAAGAUGCUCGAUGGGCUUCUUGGAAUCUUGGUAUUUUCAUCUGUAUUCGCUGUUCAGGUAUUCACCGCUCAUUGGGUGUUCAUAUCAGUAAAGUAAAAUCUGUGGAUUUGGAUACUUGGGUACCAGAACAAGUCGAAAAUAUGAUUCGAUGGGGGAACGAACGAGCAAACAAGUAUUGGGAGGCCAAUUUAGGUGAUAGGAAACCAACAGAAAGCAAUAUGGAAAUGUGGAUCCGUGCAAAAUAUGAGCAAAAGAGAUGGGCAAUGAAGGGUCCUAUUCCUGACCCCAGCACAUUAGGUGAUAGUAAGAGUGCACAAAAUCAGGAAGAGGUAAUAUAUAAAACUACCAAUCUCUUUGUUUUGCUUAACAUCUCAAUGUGUGUAUCAGCCUUCACAGCCUCCCGUGAAGCAGACAGUCGCAGAAAAACCAAAGACGAAACAAUCUGA